UUUCAGCUUUUCUUCAGCUUGCUUUUCUGAGAGUAAAAGCUGAUGGUGCAAAUUGUGAUUUCCAGUGCUGGGGCUGGAGGCUUGGCAGAAUGGGUGCUGAUGGAGCUACAGGGGGAGAUCGAGGCUCGCUACAGCACUGGAUUAGCUGGAAACCUCCUGGGAGACCUACAUUACACCACCGAGGGAAUUCCUGUGCUGAUUGUGGGGCAUCAUAUCCUAUAUGGGAAAAUUAUCCGUUUGGAGAAGCCAUUUGCUGUCCUGGUAAAAAGUGGUUCUGGGGAACAGGAAUGUGAUGAAAGUGGCAAACAGACAGCAACUCGGUACCUAGUGAAAGCACUAAUAAAGAACAAGAUUCUCUUCAAAACUCGCCCAAAACCUAUAAUCACCAACGUUCCCAAGAAAGUAUGAAAGAACCAAGGAUUUU